AUGUUCUUCACGUCGCCCAGAACACUUGCGCCUCUCGCCGCGUUGGCUGCUCUCGUCGGCUUCACGUCGAUAAUCACAGAAGUGCGAGCAGUCGACUAUUCCACAGACGCGGUCGUCGUUCCUCUCGAUCUUUCGUCUUACUUGAACAAUAAAGGAACAAGCGACGCACCCGGGCAGGCUGACCUCAACGGCGAAGGAUGGAGUAUUCCAUAUGCCGGGUUUCCGACUGGUAACUUGACGUACCGUGGUAUACAGUUCUCGAUCCCGGAUGACUGGUCGAGCGUGCAGUUCGAUAAUGUGUUGUGUGAGGGCCAGGAUGUGAAUUUGCCGAGCGAGCAGGUGGGGAGAUAUCAGUCGCUUUAUUUGUUGACUACGGCCGAUAGCAGCUCGCCGUUCUCCAAUAACAUUUCCGUCACCUAUGCGGAUGGGACGAGUGUUAGCGGGGCUACGCUGAUCCCUCCGUGGCAGAGUUGGCCUUUUCCAUCUCAGGGCGUGCUCAACAGUAACUUCACAUAUACGAAUAACGGCACGGAUGGGAACACUACUUCUAUCCAUGUCUUCCAGCUUCCCCUCGACGCGUCCAAGACCCUGAACACCAUAACCCUCCCGACCGCCAACAGCUCUACCCGUCUCCACAUCUUCGCCGCUACACUCUGGUCCUCUUCUUCCCUCCUAUCCUUGACGAACAACACCAACAACACGACGGCCCCAUCGCCCGCCCUAGCUUUCGAAUACAUCCGUUCCCGAACGAACUGGUUCAACGACUCCGGCAGCACAACGUCCAUAGUCCAAGUCUACGACAUCGCCAUCUCCAACCUUCCCCUCAACUUCACCCCAUCCUCCUGGCUCAUAGGGAACUACACAGUCGAAAUCGAGAGCGAUCAGGUGAGCACGGAGAUCCUCGGAACAUUGAAGCGAUUGCGCCCAGGAGACCAGGCGCGGGUCAAGGUCGGGGUCGUCAAUAAGGAGGGUGUGGGCCGGGGGACGAUGGGCAGUGCGGUAGCGGUGGUGAGGGACGAGACGGGGAGUGAGGUGGCGAGGAGUGGGGGGUUUGAGGUCAUGGCUGGGAUACCGGUCUAUACGGAUGAGUGGUCGAGUUUGGCGUUGCAUGAGGCUCCGAAGUGGAUGGAGGAUUAUAAGUUUGGUAUUUUUGUGCACUGGGGUGUCUACUCUGUUCCAGCGUUUGCGCCAUCCGGUCAGCAGUAUGCCGAGUGGUAUUGGUGGGACCUUCACGUCCCCAAUAAUUCAGAUUCGGCCACCUGGGUUUACCACAAAAAGACUUACGGCGAAGAGUUCCUCUACGAUGACUUCAUCCCUCAGUUUAACCCGCAGAACUUCAGUGCAGAUUCCCUCGUGGACCUCUUUGCGUCGGCUGGCGCCAAGUAUUUCACGAUAGUCACCAAGCACCAUGACGGGUUCGCUAUGUUCGAUGCUGGCGACACCACGAACAGGAGCUCCGUUAUUCUUGGACCCAAACGUGACUUCUUGAAAGAAAUAUUUGAUGCGGCAGAGGCCAAUCAUCCUGGCCUAGUUCCUGCAACAUAUUUCUCGACUCCAGAGUGGUAUAAUCCUGAUUGGGCUCCGUAUGGUAAAGACAGCUGGCCCGGUGGUUUGGCGCACAACGCAUACAACUGGAGCGAGAUAGAGCCCUACACUGGUUGGAUCCCAGUCGACGACUACAUCCAGGAUCUCCAGACGCCACAGAUCAAGACAUUGUUCAACGAUUAUGGCACGAACGUUCUCUGGUGCGAUAUCGGCGAGGCCUCUAACAUUAGCUUGUUGACCGCCGACUGGUAUAAUGCAAAGUACAACGAAGGCAAAGGUGUAGCCAUAGACGAUCGAUGCGCAUUCCAUCUCUGGGACUUCAGCACACCCGACGCAAAUUACAUGACGCCCGAGGUAGCAGUCCCCAUGCUUGUCGACAUCGUCAGCAAGAACGGGAACUGGCUACUGGACAUAGGACCUAAGGGCGACGGGACGGUAGUCGAGCCCGAAAUCACCACACUCACCGCCAUAGGCGACUGGCUCUCCCACUCCGGCGCUGCCAUCUACGGGACAUACUAUUGGUUCCGCACCCCCCAAGAAUCCACUUCCCUCCGCUUCACGACCACCGACUCCGCCUUCUACAUAACCACGCUCGUCUCUCCCUCGCCUUCCUUCAAAGUCGUGUCUCCCGUGCCCGUCCUUCCUACGGAUAUUAUCACGCUUCUGGGCGGGAGCGGCACGGCGUUGAAUUUCACGAUUGGGGGGCCGGAAGAAGGAGGGGAGGAGGAGGGGGUGUUGACGGUGCAUGUGUCGGCGGAGGAGGCGGGGAUGGUGAAGUACGCGUGGGCGUUUGAGGUGAAAUAUUGA